GUGAACAUGAGUAUCGAAAAUAUGACUGCAGAAUUACAGAGACUGAGAGAUGUGAUUGCUGCGAAAGAUGCAGAAAUAAAACAUUUGAACUCUAAGUUGAGUACACAUUUAUGUAACUCUGAAGUGUCUAACAACGGCGUGCCUUUUAAAGUAUAUGAGAAUCUCGCUGCUACUGAUAUUACAAGGUAUUCCAGACAGUUAAUUCUUCCAGAAAUUGGGACAAAAGGUCAAAUUGCUCUAAAAAAUGCUUCAGUUCUUAUUGUCGGCGCUGGAGGUUUGGGUUGUCCAGUAGGAAUGUAUCUAUCUGCAGCAGGCAUCGGGAAAAUUGGUAUAGUUGAUCAUGACAUAGUUGACGUCAACAACUUACAUCGUCAAAUCGCUCAUACUGAAAAGUCGGUUGGAAUUCUAAAGUGUGCUUCUUUUAUGAACUCAGUCAAAGCCAUAAAUUCUUCUUUGGUAUGUGAAAUGUAUCCCAUUCUUUUAAACAGUGGUACUGUUAAAGAUAUCAUUCCAAAGUAUGAUAUAAUAGUUGAUGCAUCCGACAACGUCCCCACUCGAUAUUUAUUGAAUGAUGCUGCAGUACUCUAUGGAAAACCUUUGGUUUCUGGGGCUGCUUUAAAAUUUGAAGGCCAAUUGACUGUGUAUAACUUCCAAGGAGGACCCUGUUACCGUUGCAUAUUUCCUCAACCCCCACCUGCUAGUGCUGUUACAAACUGCUCUGAAGGAGGUGUGCUUGGCGCAGUUACUGGCAUCAUUGGCUCCUUUCAAGCUCUAGAAGUAAUAAAAAUAAUAGUUGGUUUGAAUCCAUCAUAUCAUAAAAAGAUGCUCAUUUUUGACGGUCUUACGGGAGAUAUUAGAAUUAUAAAUGUGCGGAAUAAAAAAUUAGACUGCAAACUAUGUGGCAAACAGCCAGAAAUAAAAGAGCCAAUUGAUUACGAGUUGUUUUGUGGCACAGCAGCGACAGAUAAAGAUGCUGAUUUGAAGCUAUUAGAAGAUAAAGAUCGCAUAACUUGCUCUGAAUAUAAACAGCUGAAAGAAAACCAAAUUCCACAUAUUUUAAUCGAUGUCCGUCCAUCAAAUGAAAUGGAUAUAUGUCAGUUACCAGGCUCUGUCAAUAUCCCUUUUCCAAGGAUUACUCAAGAAAAUUCUAUUUCAUUGCUUGAGAAUCUUAUAAAACAGAAAAACUGUCAGAAGAGUUACGUGGUGUGCAGAAGAGGAAAUGAUUCUCAAAAAGCUGUUAUAAUGCUUCAAAAAAUAAUUAAAAGUUGUGCUUGGAAAGAUAUAGUAGGUGGACUCCAUGCGUGGCACAAAGAAAUAGAUCCAAAUUUUCCAUUGUAUUAAAUGUAUCUUUUCUAUACGGUUUAAAAAAACUUACAUAUUUUUGCAGAUCAAAUUGAUUACAAGCAUUUAAGAGUAAGAUAUUUAUGUACCUAAU